AUGGCUUCGGCGUUCCGGGACUUCUCCACGACCCAGGAAAUCGACGAGUGGUCCUCAGCAGCUUCUCGCUCUAGUCGCCGCAGCAUCGUCAACGCCUGCUUUGUUCUACGUGGACUCAAUCCUCCAUCCUCUCCCUCUGCCGUGGCCUAUACCGGCCUGUCUUCGAUUCCGCUGAACCUUUGGGCUUCUUUCUUCAUGGAACUACGUGGCUGGUUGAUCUCUACUUCCCCUACGGACCCACGACCGUACGUUCAACGAGUCAUGGAUGACAUCGCAUACGGCCGUCCCAACAUGUUCUACGACAAGGUCAACCGCACUAUUGGCAAAGACGUCAUACACUACCUCAAGAGUCGGGACACCAUGUACUUUGUCAAUCUUGACCUCGUGCAACGUCGACCCCGGACUCUUGGUGCAUUUCCAUCACCGCUUCCGCAGCCAUCUUCAAUAUUGUUCCCGCAGCCGUUUCUUUCCAUACUUGCUACCCACGAGCCAUUCCUCCUCUCUUCGAUCGUCAUCAACAUGGACACGGAUCUUCGUCGCCUCACUGAUGAUGACAUCCGUCGAUGGCUACAACCUCUGCAGCCCUAUCAAUUCUUCCGCCUUGAGGACUUGAUGAACCAGGUGGACCGCAUGAAGUACACAACCUCGCCAAUUUACUGUACCAGCAUCACGGCCUCUACCUUCACCCAAGGUAUAUGCUCAGCGUACCUGGGCUUCACCUGUUCGAUCUUGGACUUGAUCCGAUGUUCUACUACGACUUCCACCAGGACUGAUCCCGCUGCGCUCCUCCACAACUUCCUCUACGACGUCGUGCUCCUCUUCGUCAACACAGAUGACGUGCUGUGA